AAACAAUUCCACCAACAACGACCGUCUUUCACUCACUUGCAUAGUUGCGGGCGGAAACCUCGAAGCCGCAAAUCUACCCUCUUCACCAACUCUUUUUCCCUCUUUAUUUAUAUUAGGAGAGAGAAAAUUGCUUAUUUCUUGUUAAUCAAGUGAACUCAAAAUACUCAAUUCAAUUCUCAGAAAUCAAUCCAAUCAAACCCUAACAAUGGCGGCAGUAGCAGUUGCUAACGGCGAUUUCUCCACCGGAAAAUCUACUCCGGUUGCCGGAAGAUUCUCGGCGGUUUACAGUGAACUUCAGAGGAGUCGCAUCGAUCACUCUCUUCCUCUUCCUAGUGUUCUCACCGGAAAUUUCACCGUCGUUAAUGGUCCCAAUAGUUCUGCUGCCGGAAAUCCUGAUGAGAUCGCGAAGCUUUUUCCUAGCUUGUUUGGACAACCAUCAUCGGUAAUGGUACCGAGUGACACUGAGGGACUGGCAUCAGACCAGAAGCUCAAAAUUGGUGUUGUAUUGUCUGGAGGACAAGCACCAGGAGGUCACAAUGUCAUUUGUGGGAUUUUUGAUUAUUUGCAAGCUCGUGCUAAGGGCAGUGUAAUGUAUGGAUUCAGGGGUGGUCCUGCUGGGAUCAUGAAGGGCAAAUAUGUAGAGUUGACCUGGGACUUUGUCCAUCCUUACAGAAAUCAGGGUGGGUUUGACAUGAUUUGUAGUGGUAGAGACAAGAUUGAAACUCCAGAACAGUUCAAACAAGCAGAAGAGACAGCCCUGAAACUAGAUUUGGAUGGGCUUGUUGUUAUUGGUGGAGAUGACUCAAAUACCAAUGCUUGCCUUCUUGCUGAGAACUUCAGGAGUAAAAAUUUGAAGACUCGUGUCAUUGGCUGCCCAAAGACCAUUGAUGGUGAUUUGAAAUCCAAAGAAGUCCCAAUAAGCUUUGGGUUUGAUACUGCUUGCAAGAUUUAUGCUGAAAUGAUUGGAAAUGUUAUGAUUGAUGCUCGUUCAACUGGAAAGUACUAUCACUUUGUGCGGCUGAUGGGUCGUGCAGCUUCACACAUCACCUUGGAGUGUGCUCUGCAGACUCACCCAAACAUUUCUCUUAUUGGAGAAGAGGUUUAUGCCAAGAAACAGACCUUGAAAAAUGUGACAGAUUACAUGGUAGACAUAAUCUGCAAACGGGCUGAACGUGGCUACAAUUACGGUGUCAUAUUGAUACCAGAAGGCUUGAUUGAUUUUAUCCCUGAGGUUCAAAAGCUUAUUGGUGAGCUAAAUGAGAUAUUGGCCCAUGAAGCUGUCGAUGAAGCUGGUCUAUGGAAGAAGAAAUUGACAUCUCAGUCUUUGGAACUUUUUGAAUUUCUACCACAAGCCAUUCAGGAGCAACUAAUGCUUGAGCGAGAUCCUCAUGGAAAUGUCCAGGUUGCCAAAAUAGAAACAGAAAAGAUGCUUAUCCAGAUGGUUGAGACUGAGCUGGAGAAGAGGAGGGAACAAGGUGUAUACAAGGGGGAUUUCAAAGGGCAAUCUCACUUUUUCGGAUAUGAGGGAAGAUGUGGUUUGCCCACCAAUUUUGAUUCUUCAUAUUGUUAUGCUUUGGGAUAUGCUGCUGGAGCUCUACUUCAUGCUGGAAGGACUGGAUUGAUAUCAUCAGUGGGAAACCUUGAUGCACCUGUUGAGGAGUGGACAGUUGGUGGAACAGCAUUGACUUCUUUAAUGGAUGUGGAGAGGAGACAUGGUAAGUUCAAGCCUGUAAUCAAGAAGGCUAUGGUUGAACUCGAAGGUGCACCAUUUAAGAAGUUUGUAUCUAUGCGAGAUGACUGGGCCAUCAACAAUCGGUACAUUAGUCCGGGUCCUAUUCAAUUCGUUGGUCCUACAUCAAAUGCCGUCUGUCAUACCCUGCUUCUGGAGCUCGGAGCUCAAGUCUAGGUUCUUUUCUUCCCUGAUGUUAGGCUUCUAGGACAUUCGACUCAAGUAAAGCUUUAUAGUGUCUGAUCUAUGUGCAUUGUGCCUUACACAAGUUUCAACUUGAUACGUGGUCAUGACUAGGUUUUUAGAUGAAUUUAUUUUUAUUCGAAUUCAUUAGCAUUGAUGACCAGACUUGUAUGAUUAGAUAUUUAGAUGUCCUUCGCUCUUGUUUGGAAAUAAUUUGUGCGAAGAAUAAUUGUCGUAUGUCCCGAUGGAUUUUAGUUAGCAACACUAUACAUGUUUUGUGUACGAACUUUGUGGGAUUAUAUUUGAGAUGAUUUGCUCAUAAGAAUGGAGCUAUCAACUGAAUGUUGGGUGCUUCUUCUAUGUUGGCAAUGUCCAAUGUUUAAUACACCCUUAAAUCAAUUGUUAC